AUGGCAAACUAUCUCAUUACAGGCUCUGCCCGAGGGCUGGGUCUUGCGCUCGCCACUCACCUAGCUUCAUUCCCCAAAGCUGAGGUCGCAUCCGUCUUUGCGACCUCAAGGCGAGACAACUCUCCUGGGUUGGCAGAGUUGGUGGCCUCUUCCUCGGGUCGCGUUGUGUUCAUUCCAUUGGAUGCGACCGACCGGACAAGUGUCCAAAACGCGGCACGCCAAGUCGAGAAACAGCUUCAUGGCCGCGGACUCGACGUGCUGGUGAACAAUGUGGGCGUCAUGCCGGUGACUCGGGGAGGAGUCGAGAAGAUGUCCGUUUUCUUCCAGCUAGGACAGUCUAUAGACGUAUACGCAUAUGAGCUAACGAGCUGCAGGGAGGACCUGGACGACACGUUUCAUGCCAAUGUGACGAGCACGCACAUGGUGACCCAAGCAUUUCUUCCUCUUCUGCGCAAGGGGGAGAGGAAACUAGUGACGAACAUCUCUACGACUCUUGGAUCCAUCGGUGUCGCGUCUACCUUCAAAUCAAACCCUGUCCCCGCUUACAAGAUCACCAAGGCGGCCUUGAACAUGUUAACGAAACAGUAUGCAGAGGAUCUUGUAGAUGAGGGCUUUACCUUUCUCGCUGUCAGCCCAGGCUGGCUCCAAACGGACAUGGGUGGAUCGCGCGCGGAUCUUCCAGUCGCGCAGGGCGCCGAGGCGGUCGUAAAGACCAUGAAGGAAGCGACGACAGCACAGAACGGGAAAUUCCUGAACAUCCAUGUACCCGGCUGGGAGAACAAUCCCGGUUUGAACCAGUACGACGGCAAGGAGAUCCCGUGGUAG